AUGAUGAUGGCACACAGGCCAGGCAUCCCGAGGCUGUACAGCGGGGGCAUGAACGCCAUGUUUGAUGAUGUCGACGAGCUUAUCCACGGCGACAAACCAGCAGCAGACAGCGACGCGCUGCCGCCUCCCUUUGCAGCCACAGGCUCGGCAGCCAUCGCAACAGCUGCAGCGACACUGGCUCUGGCCAACAACGGCUCCACCACUGUGGCGGCCUCCGUUCGCUCGGUGCCAGCAUACCAGCCUCCUUUGCGCCAACGCAUCACAGGCUAUUACGAGCGACAUACACAGCUCACCAACGCUCUCGAGCAGCUCGGCGAUGUUCCUGCGCAGCUGGAGGCAACCCAACACGACAUCUUUGCCGUCACGGGCAAAGUCAAAAGCCAAGAGGUACGCCUCAAGACGUUACAGGCUGUCUCGAAAGAAAGAAGGGAUGCGCACACCAAGAUGAGCAGCUCGUUCGCCAGGCGACUCAUGAACAAGCGAGGCAGGCGAUCUCGGUUGCUUGUUCAAGCUCAAGAACAAGCCGAAGAGGCAGCGGUCCAGCAAGCAGCACACGAAGCCGAGCUGGACCACAACCGAUCGCUACUUGCAUCCAAGCAGCAGCGCAAGCUCGAACUCGAGCGCGACCUGGUUCAGUACACGGAGAUAUCCAACCAGCUAGAAAAGAUCGAUCAGACUCUCUUCGAUGGCGCCACGCCCGAAUUUGUGCAUGACGACUUGGCCGAGUGGGAGGUCAAGGUGUGGAUGCAGGUGCAGGUUUUCAUGGCCGCAGAGACGAGUCGCGAGAAAAGAGCACGACAAAUGCUCAAAGAUGCCACUCCCAUCCUCGCUUCCAUCGUCAAGGACAUUCAGACCUGUCUCCAGUACUGCAUCGAUUCCGGCGUCGCGAGCAACACUAAGUACACCAAGAACUUUCAUUCCAAUAACAGUGCCAAAUCCACCGUCAGCGGAACCCAGCCGCUCAUCCUCAAGGCCAAGACGAGCUCGGGCAAGUUCUUCACCACCAUCGCCAAAGCUCGCGGUAGUCAAAUGCUCGUCCAACGUCCACCCGAGUUUCGUUUGAUAGAGCUCUACCUCAUGCCAGGCAGCAAGAACCCAAGAGCUGUGGACGAGCGUGGUCUGCACAAGUCGCUGGAAACGUCGUAUGCGCAAUCCAAAGCGCUCGACUCCUACCUGAAGCGAGAGAUCGCAACUAGUCUCGAACGCCAGAAGAAGCUCACAGUCGAAACGACCAAGUUGCAAGAGACGCUCAAGGGUGCACGCCAACACCUUCGUGCUGUUCGCCGCGGUAUCGUCGUUGCUGUGGCGCAAGAAGAUGGCAGCAACCAAACGGGCGUUCCAGAGCCAGACUCUGCCGCUGCUCAGUCUCAUGCUGAGCAAAAAGACUACAAGCUGCCAUUACAAGAUGGUGCCAACCCCAUGAUAUCUACCCACUUUCCGGACAACUUACGCAAGGAGUCCCAUGCUCGACUGCGAAAACUCGUGAAACUCCCCGAUCCCGAAUCAGACGAUGACAAUCUCUACCCGGUCAUCGCUUGA